CGCAAUUUCGUCGAAACCCUAACGCUGUUCCCCCACACCCACAGUCGCCAGUCGUAAGCCCUCGCCGCACCUCACGCGGUCACUCGCCGCACCGCCGCGGCUCGAUCGCCGCCGCCGCCGUCGCCAACCUCCCGGUCGCCGCCGCGCGGCCUCCUACCCCGGGUACCGCCGCGUCCUCCUCGAGAUCCGCUGCCCCCGCCCGCUUCUUGUCUUCUUCCCCGACUGCCACGGUUGGUUCCUGUCCUGAUUUCUGGUCGGGGGCGCCGUGGCGGAGGAUCCCGGGAGGUAUACGCCGGUGAUGGCGAGGUCGCCCAGCACCCUGCCUGCGUCGCCCAGUCUGAAAUGGAGCAGCUGAAUCCCCAAGCGCUAAUUUAGGUCCAUCUCAGUUACAAUGAGUCCAUCAAGGAGUAGGAGCAACAGCAGCAGCAGGAGCAGGAGCAAGAGCAAGAGCAGGAGUCGCAGCAGGAGCAGGAGCAGGAGCAGGAGCCCUCGGCGAGAAAGGCUGCGCAGUGAGCGUGUAUCACGUCGCAGCCGCAGCCGCAGCCGUAGCCCAAUACGUAGAAGAGAACAUCGUGGCCCCAGGGAUCUUAUAUGCAAGAAUUGCAGGAGGCCUGGUCACUUUGCUAGGGAAUGCCCAUCUGCUGCUACAUGCAACAACUGCAAUCUUCCAGGACACUUUGCAGCAGAAUGCACUUCUGAAACUGUUUGUUGGAACUGCAAGAAGCCUGGGCACAUUGCUACAGAAUGCAAGAAUGACGCCAUUUGCCAUUCCUGCAACAAGACAGGUCAUCUGGCACGUGAUUGCCCAAGUUCAGGAUCUAAUGCUAAGUUAUGCAACAACUGUUUUAAGCCAGGCCACAUUGCUGUUGACUGCACCAAUGAACGGGCCUGCAACAACUGCCGUCAGCCUGGGCACAUAGCUCGGGAGUGCAAGAACGAGCCUGUUUGCAACCUGUGCAAUGUCUCUGGUCAUCUUGCUAGGAAUUGUCGAAAGACGACCAUUUCUUCGGAGAUACAAGCUGGCCCUUUCCGUGAAAUCGUCUGCCGCUUGUGUCACCAGCCUGGGCACAUCAGCCGCAACUGUAUGGCAACCAUCAUCUGUGACACCUGUGGUGGGAGGGGUCAUAUGUCAUUCGAGUGCCCGUCAGCCAGGAUGUUUGAUCGUGGGCUCCGCAGGUUCUGAAAACAGCCGUGCAGGGGUGUUCAUCCGCACAACUGCUGAUGCUCGGAAUUUCACCUUGUUCCAUUGAUUCCACUUAGAUAGCUUGUUUGACUAUACCGAAACGGUUCUUUUAUACCUUUUCCACCCUGGGAGUUGAGAAUGACUGUAGGAUUUAUCUGGGUGAAAGCUUUUCCUUGUGUGAAUCAAAUUGUGGCCUUUCGUGAGAGGACAAACUGCUGUAUCUUCCCAGAGACAGACAUCCAAGUAUCGUGUAUGACUAUUUGAGCUAUCUGACUCCUCCAAGCUUGAUCCUCCCCUUGAAGUUGCGCCAUUACGUCGCGCUGCCCACGUUCUGUGUUAUCAUGCUACUUUCCUGCAAGAAAAGGUUGGCAAGUAAGAAGAUAUCAGACGAUGGCAGUUUCAUGGUGUUUGUCUCUGAGGCUGAUUCGGUUGAAGAAAAGCUCGUAGCUUCCUAACACUCCCUAUCU